AUGCAGUUUCCCGAUACAAAGCACCCAAUUCAUCCUGUAUAUCAAGCAUUUUGUGACGAUCACAAAACCCAACUUGCAGCAGCUUUUCAGCUGAUGGGCAGUGACACUCCCAGCCCUGAACAGAAAUAUCACAUUAUCACGCAACUUCGCGAUGUAGCUGAUGAGUUUGCUAAAAAGGUACCUGUACCAAAGACACUCCAAUCCAAGCAAGAGGUGGCAGGAGGCCCCAAGAAUUUAAAGAUUGGCACUACUGUAUUUAGACCUGUAGACACCGAAAAUGAGGUAUUGCCCGUUAUUCUUUACUUUCAUGGUGGAGGUUGGGUACUUGGAAGCGCAACAACGCACACCAAGAUUGCUACUGAUCUCUGUAUCAAAGCACAUGCUGCUGUCAUGCUCGUGGAAUACAGCCUUAGCCCUGAGGUUCAGUUUCCCAUUGCAAAUGAGCAGAGUUUCGCUGCUCUGUGCUGGCUUCGUGAGCACGGGAAGUCCAUCAAUGUUAAUCCUGACAAGAUCGUAGUGGCUGGUGAUUCAGCUGGAGGAAACAUGGCAGCUGCCAUUUCAAUGAUGGCAAAGGAUCGUGGCAUGGAAGGAGUGAUUAAAGCUCAGGUUUUGAUGUACCCUGCUGUUGGGGCUGAUAUGAGUUUAUAUGAGUCGUAUAAGACAUAUGGUGGCGGUGAAUGUUAUCUUUCCGUCAAAGAGGCCGAAAUGUGUGGAACUGCGUAUCUUCCCAAGUCAGCAUCAGAGCUCAAUGAUCGCUAUGCUACACCAAUUCUGGCUACAGAGGAUGAAUUGAAGGGUUUGCCACCGGCUUUGGUGUUAACAUGUGAAUGCGAUAUUCUUCGUGAUGAAGGUGAAGCUUAUGCUUCCAAAUUGCUUAUGGCUGGUGUAUAUACAGUCGGCGUCCGAGUUUUGGGUACCAUCCAUGCCUUUAUGACAACCCCUCUUCCUCAUACACCUCAAUACCUUACAUCCAUCAAGAUGGUUUGUGAUUUCAUCAAGGAGCAAGUGGGCGUAAGCAAAUAA